CUGUUUGCUUUUAUUAAUCCAAUUUGCCGAAUCGGAAUCACAAUUCUAGGUUACAUAUGUACGAAAGACGACUGCACAGCAUCGUUCUGCAAAUGGUCUGAUUUGCUGAAGCACACUAAGGCUGCGCACCCUACGGUCUACCAGUGUGAUUUUUGUGACAAGACAUUCAAACAAAAGAAAGUGCUGAAAGAACACCUCAAAACUCACAGCACUGGUAGACAGGAACAUUUGUGCAUGUAUCCUGAUUGUGGGAGAUCUUAUGUGUCCUCGAGUUCCCUUAAGCAGCAUGUCAAGUCUGCACACUCUAUCAAGAAGCAAUUUGUAUGCGAAGUAGCUGGGUGCUCUAGACAAUUUGCCUGGAAGGCUUCCUUACAUAGGCACGUGCAGAAGGUGCACAAGCUCAAAGGCCCAUCUCCCGAUGAGCAGCGCUUGAAAGCAAGUCAGAGUGGGAAUAUGACUAAGAUAAGAGACGGCCUCACCAUCGCAGGUGCCGGGGUGAGUAGUUCGGGUUAUGAUAGCACAGCAGGUGGUAGUACAACUGGUGUGAAGAGACUUGAGGAGAAAGCUACUAUAUCGUUGGGAUCAGAUGUACCUGCCCAACCGCGAAUAGCAACGAACAAUGCCCAUAUUGUGUCUGAGGCUGAAGUGCAGAGACAGAAAGAUUUCGAUGCGGUUCGGGCCAUACUUUCGGUGAAUACGUGAUUCUGGUCUCCUUACAUUUUCAGAGGACAUGGCUCAGAAAUGGGACUUUGGUGAGUGUUCCGCUGGUGUACUGAAAGCAUAUGGUACAGGGAGUUUGGAUAAUCAAGCCUGGUUUUAUUUUCCAGCAAACCGGGAGAUUGGAUGCCACGAUUGUUUUUCCAGCCCCUGGGCAGCCCAAUACAUAUUUUACUGCGCAAGCUGAAGUCUGGGCUACGGAUAGUGUACGAGUUCUGUCGCAGAAUGAACCCGACCAUUCUAGCUACUUUAAUUACUGACAAUUUUGACUGCAAAUAUUCGCAUCUAUUCUAGCCUAUGAAGCUAGUUAUUGUCUUCCAGUAGAAAUGGAGACCGGGUGUUACGGCCAAUGGGCAAAAUCUAUAACGCAAGCUGAAGUCUAGACCGAGGACAGUGUACAACUACCGCUGCAAAUUGAGUCCGACCAUUCGCGCAGCUUUAAUUGCUGAAAGUUAAACUGCCAUGAGUUUGGUCGCAUUUAAUAUAGAUGAACAGAACUUAUACGAAGAUCACCCACUUUAAUCAGAACCUUUUGAAUCGAGCUAUGUAUUAGUGAAUUUUGAUGAUGGUUUACGCUCUAGAAACGUCAACUAGCCGAAAAACUGGAUAAAAUAUCAA